CUCCUCCUCUUCCUCUCCUGAGUCAUAGCUCCUCCCUGCUCUUCCUCCUCCUCUUCCUCAGUGUGCGUCUCCCUCCGUCUGCAGCAUGGCGUCUCUCGGCCUCCUGCUGCUCGGCGCCGCUCUGCUCCACACCACUCAGUCUCUACCUGCAGCUCUUGGUGGUGGGCGUGGCCUGGACAUCUCAAUGGGCGGGAUCAGACGACAGCGCAGAGACCUCCACAACGGGCUGCCAUAUGAGGAUCAAAUGAUGUCAUAUCCUGCCUUGCGAGAAGGAGGCGGAGCCAACGACCUGUACUACCAAUCAGAAGGCUGGAGAGGACGGGGAAUCGACCAGGCUCUACAGCGAUUGGUGGAGAGAGACCAGAGACAGGAACAGGAGGAGGAGCAACAAGCAGCUUACCUGGCUGCUUUGCUCCGCCUCCUGAGUGAGGCAGAGAGCGCGGGAUUGGUCGGCCCCGGAGACCUGGAGGUGUUGGAGGAGGAGGAUGAGGCGGAAGAAGAGGGGCCUCCAGGGGACUUCCAGAUCGCCAAUGCCGCAGACUACGACGAGACGGGGGGGCUGGCUCAGGCGCUCCUGGACAGGAUGGAUCCCCGUCUGGCCCAGACUCUGCUGGAGAGAACCAGGGAGUCCAGUUGGACCUCAGCCGGACCGAGCCGAGACCAGGACGCUCUCAGGCGGAUGGUUGCUAAGAUACUGUCUGGUAACGGCCCGAACGACGCCCAGCUGAUGAUGUCAUCAGGCCGCAGAGCGAAGCGGGACCUGUCCGCCGGGGCCGAACCCGUCAGCGCCACGCACAGACGGAGCCGCCGCUCCCUGGACGGCCAGUCGCCCAGCAACGAGCCGCCCCUCCUCAGAGUGAAGAGGCUGGACGACGAAGAGGAAGAGGAGGAAGAGCUCCGCCCACGAGGACCUGGGCUGCAAAGGAUGAAACGCAUCGAUGCCAUGGCAACCGCUGACCUACAGGAAGUCAACCACGGGAGUCGGAGGCGCCGCAGGAGGGCUGUGCUGACCUACGACCCCCAGAUGUUGAUGGAUCAGAUUCUGGAUUACCUGAGGAAGUGAGAGGAGGAAGAGGACGGGGAGGAAGACAGUUCUGGUCGUGUCUCACAUUUUUAUUGUUCAUGUCAUUUCUUUGGUUUUGCUGCUUGUGUAAAUUUGAGUGGAUCAAAUGUUUGUUGUAUAAAUGAGGAAGAAUUUUCAAGAAGAAGCAAACUUCUGAUCAAACAUGUCUCAACACUACAUUACCCAUGAGCCUCGGCUGGUAUGCAGCGAUGAUGUGUUCCAUUGGAGUUUCUGGGCGUAAAAGCAACGAGAGCGCCCCCUGUGGUCGGAUUUGUGACGCUGGGAAGGCCUGAGUUCAGGAUCCAAUAACAGCUGGUUGAUAAAUGAAUCGUUCUGCUUUAAGUUGUUAACGUCACAGAGACCCAAACGUCAUCAUUUCCGUUUGAAAACACAGAAUGCUAACAGUAGCUAGCAUCGUCACAGCUCUGAGUCAGACCAAACCAGCAUUAAAGCUGACCUCUGACCUUCAGACACAAAGUUCUCAUUGGCUGACUUCUUGCAGCAAGGCUUGCUGGGAGUCGGAGUUGACAGGUUUCUGUCCCCAAUGGACAUGUGAUGAACAGUGUUUGUGACCGUGGCAACAGCUUCUGAGCUCUGUGAUUGGUUCCUAGUUGUUGAUGUUCUCGUACCUUCAGCUUGUUGCUGUGCUGACUCGCCCGUCUGUGGAGAAACUUUGAUUUGUGUCACAAUAAGAAAUAAAGUUGUUAAAUUCA